GUUUGUGGUAGGCAUAAAUGAAAACGAGGCGGCGGCCAUUUUACCGGGGUACGAAUGACAACAGCAACAAGAAAACCCCGAAUUUAAGUUUCUUUUGUAUACCUUAGGAUCGUACAAAUCAAGGCAAAAAAAAGGGAGAACCGACUGCCGCCGGCAGAUCGCGCUCCACGUCACGUCAGCUGUAGACAGACACAAGCCCAAGUCGAACGCACCCAAUAAUAUGCAGUAAAACCGGCAACAGGAAAACAUGUGGAAUCCGUAUUAUAACAUCCCUUUUCUGACCACAUUGCCCCUUCAUUUGGAGAAUGGCGCCGAGAUGUCCAGACAUGCUGCUGGAGCUCUGCAGUGGCCCCCGUCCGUCCACGUGAAUCAGACAGUGGCAGCGUGGAGAGGCUUUCCUGCUUUUCCCAAAGCAACCCAAUCUUCUAAUGAAGCCAAGGUGUUUCUCAUCCACAGGUCUCUCUAUGACUUGAUAAAAGGUCCAAUAAUGUUGGAAAUGACUGACCAGAAAUUGCUGGACUGGUACUUGUGUCUUCCUGUCGAAGACCGACACCUCAUAAAGGAGAACGGAGGUCUGCGCGUUUUUCUUCAGAAACACCCAGCGCUUGGUGUAACGGGAGAGGUGGUCUACGUGAAAGAGGAAAUCAGAGGAGUGCACAGAGCAGAGGAAACUCCAGCCUUGACUGAAUCUUCUCACUGCAGAUCUUCUCAGUGCUGCUGGUGCUAUUCACCAAGUACUUCCUCUGCUGCCAGGAUGUGCGGACAGUGCUGCAAAGCCAGGGCCAGUCCUCAGGAGGCUUUUCUGUCAGUGGAAAAGAAGGUGAUCCUACUUCCGAACGCCUUUGAAAAGGAGCUCAAUCUCCGCAGCUCGGAUGAGAGCGCGAUGAAUCAGCAGUGCAAUUACAGUUCUACUAAGUGGAUGGAUAUUGACCAUCGAGGAACUGUCCGAAGUGGAAAUGACCCAAAAAAGGAGUAUCACAGUGUUAUUAAAGAGCAGUCUUUUGCUCAUGGUACCUCGGAGGUGUUCCAGUGGAUCCCAGAGCAGGAAGGUCAUGCUGAGCGCAUGGAAGACCUGUUGCAUCAGCAAGAUCCUGAUUUUAGUGCGGUGGGAGAGGCUGGUUUUGGUCAAAAAUGUACAGAAGGAGCCAGUCAGUCUGCAUAUGAAGAUUGUUUUCCAUGGACUGCCCAGGACAAGGCAAGAAGCAGCAGGCCUGUAACAUCCCAGAGGUUCCUGGCUGUGGAUGGCAAGGUGGCAAUGAACCAGUCAGAAGAAAUUAAUGGUGACCUCGGGGGCAAUGUCAUGUCGUCAAGUGACAGGCAGAGUACAAGAGUGAAGAAAAUGUGCAGCCUGGAACGGCAGAUUGUACAGUGCGAUGCCGUCACCAGCACAGAACUCUCCACAAUGGACCAGGAUGCCCAGACGCUGUCAGUGUCUACAGCUGAGAAAUCCACCAUCACUGAUGUCUAUAUGGCUGACCUGGACUAUUUCAAACAGGAAUUCAUCAGAUUAAAGCUUGUGGAAGCAGAAGUGGGGUCACUGAAAGAGAAAUUGAAAAGCUUUGAAGGGAAGGAGCGUAGUAGCCACCAGAGGGCAGUACAGGCCGAACUGAGCCUCCUUGCCCUGCAGCAUGCGAUGUGUCAGCAGUACUGCUGGGGGCGCUAUUGCACUUCAUUGGAAGGCAGCCGCUUUCUUCUGGGAAAAAAUAUUAUGCCGGAGAGCAUGAUUGAAGUUCUUCAGAUCCUAGAGGACAACUACCAAGAGAUGAGGAAGAACAUCCUGUCUGGAGUGGCCCUGGACCAACUCCGCCCUUUGUCCGUGGACUGCCAGAAGAUCGCCUCUGAGGGUUGCUAUAUCCCAGCAGAGGAAAUAAAGUCUGCUCCUCAAAACGAAUCAUGCAGCUUCUGUGAAGAAUCCAUGUUGACUGAAAGCUCUGGGGGAGGAGGACAGGGACUUGAAUGCAGGAUCAUCACUUCCCUGAAGCAGGAAGGACUAAAUGAAAAAACCGAGGCAUUUACCCAUCAAGAUAGUAGCCUAUUUGGGAAGAAUGGUGCUUUGCCGAUUAGGACCAUAGGUGCACCAGAACCAGAAUCUUUGUGUAAAGAAUCUAGCACAAAUAAAUCCAGACAGGAGGGACAGAAGAGCCACAGCACAGCAGCUGAGAAGGAUAGUGAGAUCCAGGGGGAAGGAUUCUUUCAUGAGCAGGAAUUGGAUCAGUACUUCCUGGGUGUCAAAGACCUCCCUAAUGACUCAGCUGAGAAUAAUGUUGACCAGUUUGGAAAAUAUCAGUCAUCCGGUGUUAAAACGGCAAUUUUCUUCAAGAAUGUCAGGACGGCCACUGUAUCAGUCCUGGCUCCCAGUGCUCCCGAAAGAGCAGUCGAAGACCUGAACGGUCAUGUGGUUAAGGGGCAAUCCAUCGAGGGCAAGCAGAUCCCAGAUGGUACAGGGCUAGGCCCGCAGAAACAAGCAUGCAGUGUGAAGUCCUGCAGAUCUGUAGGCGACACACCUGCUGUUGUGGUUAAGGGUCUUUCACCGCCUUUGGAGAAGCUUGUGAAUGUCCUGGAAUCACCCACAUCAUGCGGCGUCUUUGUGCCCAGACGUACUGUCGCGGACGGCUUUGGUGCCCUCAUGGCACAGCUGUCAUUGCGACACCCGGGACUGGCCCAGAGGAGCAUCAUGGAUGCUCUCCUGGAGCUUCUGGCGGGACGCAGCGGCUUCCUCAGCGACCUGCCGCAGGAGACCAUCGUGGAGAUGACAUCCACCCUGCUGAAACGUGCACCCUCAGAAGAGGUCAGUUUGCGAGUAAAUGAAGACCCUAAAUGGAAUGAACCAGCUCAAAUGCUGUAAAGGUUGCGUUUAAAGAAAGCGGUAAUUUACUUUGAACAGUCUGUUAACCAGUUAUGCACAUUUUUGUUAUUUCCUUUGUUUUAGUAAACGGCAAUUUGACUUUCUUUUGUUCUGUUGCUCAAAGCUAAGGAUUUUUCCUUCCUGGAAUUUGGGGCACUCAGUGUUCACAUCAAUGAUUCUUUGUUUGACAUUGUUCUUAUAACCCCCAAAACUUUUGUUACAUUUGGAAUUACUGAAAUAAACCACUAAGAACA